AAUUCGACGAUAUCUGCUGUAUUGGCCAAAGGAUUGAGAUGCAUCGCACACUGCAGCUGCUCUUUGAUAUCACUUGUAUCGGUGUCACUGUCACUCCGUGCCCGUGCGCAUUACACGUUUUUUUAAAACUAGGAAUCGAGCCGCUUUAUUUUCGGACAAAACCGCUUCUGGGCCGAAAAGGAAAACCUUUGACCAUGUCCGCCACGACGACGACUUUACUAAAUGAGCGCGAGGAGAGCACCACUUCCUCGAGUGCAACGAAGAAAACGAGCGACGCUGGCUCUUCCUCGUCUACGACAGGAAGUACUACGUUGCUACCAGCUGAAGAUGGUGGCACUGGCAACAACGACACCGGGACAACGCAACAACGAGCGGAGAUGAAAACAAAAGAGGCGCCUUCGGCUUUGGAUGCAAUGAAGCAGCUGCAUGAGGCGAUCAAGCAGGGCCCCGAUAUGAAGCUGCCACUCGCCGGGGAAGUGCAGGAGUUGCGAGACGAAUUUUGGUCCAAGUACACGCCCGUGAACAUCCGACUGCUGCUGCUCGCCGACCAAAACAAGCGCGUGAAAAACGUCCUCGUCCUUGUGUCGGCGCUUCUCUUCACGCUGCCCGUCGGGGCAAUGUACCAAUCUAUCUGCGACUCGUGUCUUUCCAUUUGCAUUUGUUUCGUGGAGGUUUUUCUUUUUGCUAAACUCUGUUUGGAAAAAUGAUCUGCGUGCAUUCAAUAAAUACAUGUAAAUAACAAGGUAUCUGUCACACUCCCUCCUGAACAAGUACACACAGAUGGACCCGGACACGACGUGGAUAUGUGCAGCGCUGAUCGCGAUUUUCGCCGUAAACUUGAUCCUGGGCGUCUUCUGCUACGUGGCGUACUGCGACGAAAAGAAAAAUUGGGAAGAAAAGCAACAGCUCAGGGAUGUAGAAAUGGACAAGUGGGAGAAUAGAAAGAAAAAGUGACUUGCGUCGUUUUUUUUUCUCAACAGUUCUACGUAAACGUGUUGGCUGGAAGCGCCAAUCGUAAGAAAAAUUAGGCACUUACUUAGAUCUUUGACGAGACGAAGAAAUGGAUUACGUGAAGCGGUCCGGCGGCAAAUCUGCCCUGCCGGCGUUUUUCCUGUAGUAGUGUUUCCUCUUGUUAAGGCCGGUUUUAAUUUCCUUAGUAUCGGGAUAAGCGAUUUCGAGCCGCUGUGUUUCGUUCCUAC